AUGCAGAUUACAACUGUAGUGAAUAGCUUGAAAGAGUAGUCAGUAGUGAGUAGUGAGUGACACUUGACAUUUGUUAGCGUGAGUUUGUGGUUGGCGGUCGUCUUUUUCGUGUAUUCAAAGUCUCCUUCGCCGAUAAACACAUCACAAUGUCCCUUCAAGAGCAAUUUGACCAAGCCGCUGCUAAUGUCAAGAAGCUGAAGUCACUACCCAGCGACUCGGACCUCCUUGAACUCUAUGCCUACUUCAAACAAGCCUCAGUAGGUGACGCCGAUCCUGCCAACAAACCGGGCAUGUUCGAUCUUAAGGGCAAGGCCAAGUUUGAAGCCUGGAGCGCAAAGAAGGGGCUUUCAAAGGAGGACGCACAAAAAGCGUACAUCGCUAAAGUAGAAAGCCUUAUCGCUUCCCUUGGUCUACAAUAACUUAGUGUAUAUUCACAAAUAAUUUAAGUUUAUUAUAAGGCAACAAAUAAUUUGUCGAUUGGCAGGAAAUCGAUAGACUGUUUCUAACGCACACAAUGUUGCCAACAUAAUAAUCAAUUUUUUUGUAAAGAAAAUCAAGUGCUCUUCCUUAUUUUUACUUCAGCGAGUUCAAUAAUGUUGAAAGUUUUUUUUACAUUUGUUAUAAAAUCAAUUAUUAUUUCUACAGCUUGUUUUCUAUUUAUUUAUUUGGUUAAGACAUCACAUUAAGGAUAUUUACAAACUUGGUGCUCUUUUAUUGUAAAGCUAAUUCACAUUACUAUUUUGUUAUUUAUAUU